CUUCCUCACACACACACACACACACCGAUCGUCUCGACAUCGGUCGAUGCCGCACACACACGAAUAUAUGUCCAAUCUACAGCACGUGCCGCCCGUAGCCCAUGCCCUCUAUUUCCAGCUCCCCCUGCCUCACACGCGGCGGCGUCACGCCCCCAGCCACACUCCGCACAUGACGCAUUGCGUUGUACACUCCCUCAUCCCGGUUCCUGCUGCGGCCCGUCGACUGCGCCCUCGGAGGAGGGGCUGACGGCUGUGGCUCGUCGAGGGGGGGCGAGGGCUCCUCUGAGUCGAGCGACUGGCGGGGGAGGUCGUAGUCUAGGUCGUUGAGUUGCGCCUGUGGGCUGUCCGUCGUGUACUUGUGCAGCUGGCCUUGGCAGCGGAUGAGCUGCCGCCGGAGGUGGUUCGACAGAUCCAUCAGCUCCACACGCUCGUCCUGCAUCCAUCGAGGCAAUUUUGCUUGCGCAGAUGUGUGGUAUCUCUGUCUGUGUGGGCACCUACCUGCAGGUGUGAGAUCUGUUGGGUCAGGUGGUGGACUUUCUUCCGCAGCCCCUCGCAAGCCUGAGUCAGCUCCACACACGGCGCCUCCUGCACACAUACACAACAAACAAAACACACACGCCAAGCCCGCUUCGUGGGUCUCUCUGCAUGGCUACUAGGCCAUUCGGUCAUUUGCUCACCGCCUGCUGUGGCUGCUCUGCAACAGUCGGCCCCUCAGCGUCGCGACGCAUCGCGGCAAUGGCGGCGCGCAGACGGUCGUUCUGAUGCUCCUGAGUCGACCGAUCCAAGCACGAAACACGAAGGGGAGAAGUCAUCCAGACCAGGAAGCGCAUGUGUGUGUGUGUGUGUGUGUGUACCAGGUCUUUGAGUCGUGUGUGGAGGGCAUCGGUGGUGUUGUCACGCUCAUCGGCAGCCGGGGUCAGCCCGCCGGACUGCAUAAGAAGGCAUGGAUUGAUGGCGACACACACACACACACACACACACAAACACAACACACCGUUGAUCCAUCCAUCCAUCCAAUCGAUUCCGUCCAUCGACGCACCAUCAUGUGUCCGGGCGAAAGGAUUGGCGAUAUCGGCCCCAUGUCGCCCGGGAACAGCGGCACGUGACCCCUGCCGUCAGCAGCACCAGGGGCAGCACCAGCAGGGGGAGGCGGCACCCGUGUGGUCGCUGCCGCUGACGAAGGGUGGGUGGCGCCCGCCAGCUGGGUCUGCAGGCAAAGACAAAGAGCAUCGAUGUGUGUGUUUUCUGUCUCCUCUCUCUCUCUCGCCUCGUACCCUGAGCUGUUUGAUUUGGUCUUUGGCCUCCUCUAGCUCGGCCAGCAGACGUGGCGGAGCCUCACACACGGGCCUGACAACCGCCCCACACAUUUCUGCGCCCAUUGCCGCCCCGUCUCGCGCACCUGCUCAGCUCCAGCAAUGGAAAGGCCCCGUCUCUCUGCAUCCUGCCUGCUCGAGUGGGCGAGCCCGGCGGGAGCGAUGCCGCCCUCUUGUCGCCCCCGGGCCCAUCUGCCACGGCGCCGUGUGUGCGAUCGUUCCCCUCUGCUCGUGGCACGGUGGUGUGGAGGGUGUGUGCGAGCCGCUGCUGCGCCUGCUGGUGCAGGAAGAGGAUCUCCUGCCGCCGCACGUCGGCGUCGCGCCGGGCAGACUCCAGCUGCUCCCUCACUCGCUGCAGCUCGAUCGACGCCAGCUGCACAAGGGAUACAACACACACAGAGGCGGGCAGACAGAGAGAUGUGUGCCGUCCGUCCGUCUGUCUGUCUGUCUGUGUCGUAAGUGCUGUGCCUGGCUGACGGCUGACCUGCAUGUCUUGUUUGAGUGCCGGUAUGACUCUACGCUCGAGGCACCCUAGCUUCUCCGCCAAGUCGCCCGCCUCAAUGCCCUGCCAUUCAUGAUGGGAUCGAUCGAUGCACCAUACCGACAAAUGGCGCAUGGCAUUUUUCUCUCCCCCCCCGACCUUGAUACGCGCCUCUUCGCGAGCGGUCAGCAGUUCCCUCUCGUAGCCCUCCUUGGCCGCACACAACUCCUGCACACAUGUACGUGUCACGCACACAAAAUGGCGUUUUGUGGCUUGGUGCGAUCGAUAGCUGGCUGCCCGGCUGGCUGGCUGACCUUGUCUUUCCACUGUAGCUGGUUACGGAGAGACCCCACCUCAGUCUGAUCAUAUGGAUAGGGCACCAAAAGACACAAAACCAGACUCACUUACGAACGUACUCAUUGCCGGCCUGUUGAUGCGUGCACUGCAUACCCGGAGCUGCUGGACGAUUGUUUCCUUCUCCUGCUCCAACUGAGAAGUGACGGCCAGCAGCUUCCGUGCGGCUUCAUCUCGGGCGCUGUUAGCUCGCUCCUCGGCCUCCUCACCGAGCCGCUGCACCUGCCGCUGAUGCGCCAUGGUCAACUCUCGCACCUGAAGUUGCCAUGAAUCGGCAGGCAUAUGGAUGAAUGGCUGGAUGGAUGUCCCAUUAACCUGUUUGGCGUGGUCCUGGCAGAGCUGCUGGAUGCGCUCAUGCACAUCGCCUGCAGCGCCUCUCAACGUGACGGCAUGCUCGUCACGCAGGCGAAUCAGCUCCGCGGCAUGCGACUCACGCACCUCUGCACACACACAGGCGUCCGCACAUCCAUCCAUGCAGUCAUCCGCUCUCGCAGAUAGAUAGAUGAGUACCUGCAAGCGUCUGCUCCAUCUGGUUGCUCUUCUGCUGCAGCGACUGGAGCUGCUCCGUCAGCUGCUGCUGGGUGGCUCGCGCGUCGCCCAAUGCCCUCUCCAGCAAGUGGCACUGCUCCUCUGCCUUCUGCCGCUUGACAGAGGUGGUCUCCAGCUCUUCUGUGAGGGAGGCGAUGCGACUGGCGCCUGCAUGCGAUCAUGUCAUGCACCCACCGAUCAAACAAAGAAACACACAUUGAUGCACUCGUGCAGGAGGGGUGAGGGAGGGAGGGCGGGCCAUUAAUGCAGUGGGGCAGCUCACUGACUCACUCUCUUGUUGUUUGUUUUCGAGCGUGAGGAUGGUGUUGAGGUGCUGCUGGCGGUCUCGGUCCUUGUCCUUGACGACCCCCUCCAUCUUCUGCUCAUAGAAGGCCCCGAGCUCCCGCUGCCGCUGCUCCAUGGCCGCCUCCUUCUCGCGCAUCGACCGCUGGCACCCACUCACAGCCGCCUCCAUGUCGGCCUGCCUGCGCUUCAGCUCCGCCUCGUACUCGCCCUGGGCCGUCUGCAGCACCUUGCGCACCUCGUCUAUCUUGCUCUGGUGGUAGGUCGACUCGUCCACCCGGCGGCUGAGCUCGUCCUGCAGCUUGGUCUCCAGCGAUGCCACCUGGCUGUGCAAAUCCCGGACCUCCUGCUCCUUGGCGCCCAGCUCGUUGAGGAGCUCGCUGGUCUUGGUGUCAUAGCCCUCGAGCUCAGCGUCGCGCUGCCGCAGGAGCUCCAGGUUGUAGUGGAAGUCGUCCUCGAGACGCGCGAAGUUCUUUUGCACUGUGGCGAGCUCCGUUUGGUGGGCCGCCAGCUGGGCCUUCUUGCGAUCAAGCAUGGACUCGAGCUCCGCCAGCUGCUGCUGGUACAGCUGGGCCAUCUCAGCCUCCUUGGCCUUGAAAAUUUGGCGGAACCGGGACGUCGUCAUCGUUGUCGAGUCUUGACGCGUGAGCAGCGACGGGUCGGCCUCACCUGCGGUGCCCUCCAUGAUUCUAUUGCCCAGAAUAGUCCUCGAGUUGCG